GUGCUUCGUAGAUGAUACACCUUAGUUUAUGUGCAUUUUAUUUUAAAAAUGUUUACCGUUCAUCCAGUUAGGACUUAGGAAUAAAAAUCCUGGUUCCGUCAUUGUGUGUCUACAUUGCACUGAUAUUUUCAGCUUUUAGAAAUUGUCAGUUGUUCUUUUAAGUUAUAUAUGUAAUUACUAAUCGGAAUUGUGUCCCUAUAAUGGACGAGCUUUGCUGGCGGUUCCGUGGUUAUGAAGUCAUAUUUGGAAAACGUUGAAUCUACGAUUAAUUACUUAAAGAUUUGCCUAGGGUUCCCAUUUCUUUUGCGUUUCCAGGGUCUUCUAUCAUGUAAUAAUGACAACUCCUAUAUGGAAACGGGAAACCCAUUCUGAUUUCUGAUGGAUAGGUUGAUAAUCCUGAUAUGAUGAUAUCUAAUAGUAAGUUGUAAUUCUAUUGGAAAUUAAGUAUGUUUAUGUUUUGUGGUUUAUCUUGUUUUGUUGAGGCUUUGACAUACAUAAAAGUAGAUGACAAUGCUUGAUAUGUCUUGUUGAUGGCUCCUAUAUUCAAUGUUCUGGGGUUGGAAUUUUAUGUUAUAGACAGGAAAUUACCCUUCAGCUUAUAACUUAACAAGAACUUGUAGUUUUUAGCUGCCUUUAUUUUCUGAGGUUACAUUACAAAAAAGUUUCCAGCUGUCAAGGGCAUAACUAAAAGGAAAGUAAUAGAGUUAGGGGUCAGUAGGGAUUCCUGGCUUUUCAAUUCUUUUGUUAUCAUUUCUUAUAUCAGCUGGACUUGUAAUUUCGCCUCAACUACCCUGGUAGAAUCCUUGACACUUCAGUAGGGGUAUGGAGUAUGGACAUUUUAACACUUCAAUUUGGGUCAAAAUCAUGGGAAUUGUAACUGGCAAAUCAAUUUAACCUAGACGUGACUUGUUGUUUUGUUAAUUAUCAUAGUAAAUUCUCAAUUUUGGAACAUUCCACUUUGAUUUUCGUUUAAAUUCUGUUUGAUUUUAACUCACUAAUUUAUAAACUGACAUUGGCCUCGUGAACUAAUAGAUUAUUUCUUUGCUUUAGCUUAGGCAGGAAGUUUGUUUGAACUGGUGUAUGUCUCGGUCUUUCUUUAGAAAGGGAGUUUUGCUUUGAUUAUUGAAAUAAUUUCUCAAUGUUGGUUCUUGAAUCCAUCAACUUCUUCUUCUGUGCUUUUUGUGUCACUAGUCAUAUCUCCUUUUUGUUGGGCAUCUUUAAUUUUAAUUUUCUUUUUAGUUUUGUUGUAGUAAAUGUGAUAGCCUUGGUGGCAAAUAAAGGUAAAAAUCUCAUUUGUGCAGAUUGCAGAAAAGUUAAAAUUAUCAAUUUACAGCUUUUAUACUAAUAUAGCCAGGGCCAAACCUUGGGAAGGCCUAUCGAGACCAUGCCCCUACCACAAUUAGUAGAAUAGUGUUUCUCAAAAGUACUUUAGGAUAAAAUCUUAGUGGCGAUCCGAAAAUACAUUUUUUGAUUCGAGGUAGUUUAGUGGCUUAGUGCUUGCAUAAAGGAACGAAGUCGCUAAAGUGAGUCGAUUUAUCCUACUAUCGAAAACUCGCUUAGAGGUUCCUGGGCAUGCUGACGAAGGGUAAAGCUCAAGAAGAUGAGUUUUGUACUCGAUUAAUUUCUCAGUCCCUUGCACCGGCGCCUCAAAAAGACGGUUUGUGGUAGUUUUGCGUUGACUAUCGGGCUUUGGACAGAGAAACAAUUCCGGACAAGUACUCAAUUUCCAUAAUUGAUGAGCUUUUAGAUGAGUUACACGACGCCAAUUUUUUUUUCCAAACUCGAUUUAAAAGCAAGGUAUCAUCAGAUUAGAGUAGUUAGAGUAGUAAAGGCUGCAUUUCGCACACACGAGGGGCAUUACGAGUUCUUGGUGAUGCCAUUUGGGUUGUCAAAUGCUCCAACAAUAUUUCAAUCCCUCGUGAAUGAGGUAUUUAAAUCUUUCCUUUGUUAAUUUGUCUUAGUAUUUUUCUAUAAUAUUCUAGUCUAUAGCUCUACUCUUGAAGAGCACACGAGUUAUCUGGAAAAAAAAUUGAGUGCCCUGGUAGCACAUGAGCUUUAUGAGAAUUAAGAAGUGUGAGUUUGGAAAGGGGAGAUUGGCAUAUUUAGGUCACGUAGUGUUCGGAGAGGGAGUUUCAGUUGACAUGGAGAAGGUCCGAGCCAUGGUUGAGUGGACAAUCCCAAAUAAUUUGAGAGAGUUACGAGGAUUUUUGGGUCUUACUUGAUACUAUAGAAAGUUUGUAUCUCGUUAUCCUUGCACACCCUUUAUCCGAUCAGUUGAAGAAAGAUGCGUUUGGGUGGUCUGAAAAUGCUACUGAGGCUUUUGAGAAGCUGAAACGGGCAAUGUGUGGGGCGCCGGUGUUGGCAAUGCCCAACUUUAACAAGAUAUUCGUAGAUGCCUCGGCUUCGGCCUUGGUGCGGUGUUGAUGCAAGAGGGUAAACCAAUUGCUUUCUACAGCAGGUUGCUCGGUCUUAGGGCUCAAUGCAAGUCAUUCGAGAAGGAGCUUAUGGCGGUUUGUCUUUCGGUUCUUAAAUGGAAACAUUACUCGCUUGGUAGGAGGUUUGUGGUGCGGUCUGAUCAGCAGAGUUUGAGGUUUAUAACGCAACAAACAGAAAUAGGGCCGACUACAUAAAAUGGGUGAGUAAACUAAUGGGCUUUGAUUUUGAAGUCCACUACAAACCGGGCUCUUCCAAUCGUGUUGUUGGUGUGUUGUCCAAUAGAAGGAGAAGUGGAGUUUGGGGCUGUUGAAACCACGCACGUAGUAGCGUGGGAAGGGUGGAAAAGGCGAUUGCAGUGGAUUCGUGGAUUGAGGAAAUUAAACUAGAGAUAUUAGGUUGGGUAAUACCCAAACGAGCCAUUGUGAUACCAUCUCUCUUACAUGAAUACCACGACAGCCCUAUGGGAGGUAACUUAAGGGAUGUAAAAACAUACCUAUAGAUAGCUCGUCGGGGAUGCACAAGGAAAUAACUGAGUAUGCGCGAAGGUGUGCGGUACAUCAAAGAAAUAAAUUGUCUCAAUAGAAUCCCUCUGAAUUGCUCCAACCGCUGCCUAUUCCAACACGGGUUUGAGACGAUAUUUCAAUGAAUUUUUUAGAAGGGUUGCCAAUUUCCAAAGGGGUGGACACUAUAUUCGUAGUGGUUGAUCCUCUGUCAAAUUAAUGUGCAUUUUAUUGGCCUACUACACCCUUUUACAUCUAUGUGGUUGAGGGAUUCACGAAGGAGGUAGUACGCCUUCACGGUUUCCCCUCUUCAAUUGUCUCAAAUCGUGACCGUGUGUUCUUGAGCGUUUUUUGGAAGGAGAUGUUUAAGCUUUACGGAACCAUAUUAAAAGGGAGCACGGCCUACCAUCCUCAAAUGGAUGGGCAGACCGAGGUAUUAAACAAGAAGUUUGAAACGUAUUUGAAUGUUUUGCUUCCGGCAACCCAAGGCCUGGGAAAGGUGGCGAGCAAGGCCUACCAUCCUCAAAUGGAUAGGCAGACCGAGGUAUUAAACAAAAAUCUUGAAACGUAUUUGAGUCUUUUGCUUCCGGGCAACCCAAGGCGUGGGCAAGGUGGCUCCAUUGGGCAGAGUACUCGGAUAAUUCUGAUCCCCACAACUCAACAAAAAUGACUCCGCUCAAAGUAGUCUAUGGGAGAGACCCACCACCCAUCAUUAAGGUUGGGCACGGCCAAACCACAGUGGGCAGCUUGGAGGAAUCAUUGUUGGAGCGUGACUUCAUGUCGGAUGAACUCCGCAUAAACUUGUUAAGAGCGCAACAACGAAUGAAGGACCUAGCUGAUCGCAAAAGGAGGGAUGAAGAGUUUAAUGUGGGUGACAUUGUUUACUUGAAAUUGCAACCAUAUCGGCAUAAAUCACUAGCAAGGAGACCUUUUGAGAAGCUAGCCGCUCGUUUCUAUGGCCCUUUUGAGAUCACUCAACGCAUGGGAAAGGUUGCAUACCAACUGAAGUUCCGGAAAGUAAAAUUCACCCGGUUUUCAUAUUUCUCAACUCAAAAGGGUUGUUGGUCACACCAUAACACCACUCAAUCUACCCGCACAGCUCACUCAUGAGUUAGAGCUACCUGUGUAACCGAAAGAAUUAAGAGAUGUGCGCACAACACAGAGGAAAUGCAUGGCAGUGAGGUAUUGGAAGUGUUGAUCAAGUGGAAAGGCUUAUCGAAGUUUGAAGCAACAUGGGAAGAAGCCAACAUACUCCAAUUGCGUUUUCCAGCCUUCCACCUUGAGGACAAGGUGAGUGUUUGGGGGAGGGCCAUUGCAAUGAACUCAACUAUCCCACCUGCUACCCGUACUUUUAUGUGAGGAGAAGACACAAACAGCUACAUGACAACGGUGGGGCAGCAACCUAAGUACAAGGGGAACCACUAAGCAAGCAGGCAGCGGCUACAACUCUUGGGAGCUCAUUAAAAGAAUUUGUCUUGCUGCAAGUACUUUUGUCUUUUUUACUUUUUGUUAAUUGCAUUUGUCUUAUAUCAUGGUUUGUAAUUAAAAGGGAGAGGGAAGAGAACAGAAAUCAUCUUGGGAAUUAUUGGGUAGUAAAGGGAGAGAAGAGAACCUCUCGAAUGUUCUCAACUUUUGUAGUUACAAGCUUCAAGCUUUCUUAAUCAAAUAUACAAUCUUCCCCUACAUAGUUGUGUUUGCUUGCUGUGAGUGUUGGUAGCAGGUGCAUAGCCUAUCUUGUUUUGUUCCAUCCCUCUGAUAUUUAUCUUAGGUGGUCUCCCUUAGUCCCUUGUACUCUAAACAUUUGCUUAGUACAAUUCAGGUGAUAUUUCUAGAUAUUAGUAUACAGUCUACUGCUGCUCAUUUGUUUUCUUGACACCCCACCCCACCCUUCCCUAAACAAAUCAAAGGAAGAAACUGAAAACAAGACUAGAGAAAGUCUGUCCCGUAUCUCUGUAAAGCGGCAUCUAACAUGGACCUUAAAGGGGGUGUGGUUGUAGCCAUUGUAGCUUUUCUUAGAACCAAAGUCUUUUUGAUAUAAAUUAUUUCUCAUCACGGGCCGAGCCAAACUGCAUGCUGAACAGAUGGAAUGCUAAAUCAGAUAUUCGUAUUUAGCAACUUAUAUUGCUCAUCUUACCUUCAUGGUGCUCCUAUCUUCCCCUUCUAUUUCUGUGUUGGUUGUUCUUGUUGGAAAUAAUGCAAAGAAAGUAUUUUACCAUUUGUGAAAAUGUCCCACAUUGAUAGAAAUUAAAUGUAUGGUUUUCAAGGGAAGUAUUUAAAGUAAAGGGGAUUGUCCCACAUGGGAAGAAAAUGAACUCUUCCUUUUGUUUAAAUAUAGGGAAUGAAUGUUUAUACUUUGAAGUGCUUCCCCUAGUGGUUUGGGCUAGAAAGGGAAUCCCCACACGCGCGCCGCCGCCGUCCGGCCGGUUCGUGGCACGUGCGCGGUGUGGUGGGGCCUCCUUUUUGGGCCAUGUCGUAACUGACGGUCCAGUUAUUAUGAGACCGUUCAGUUACGUAGCCCAUUCCGUUCCUUGAUUUUCGCUUCCGUUUUAAUUCCCAAAUCAAUUCUGAUUUUCAGUUUAAUUGGCAGUUAAUUGCAUGAUCAAUUCUAAUUGGCAGUUACAAGUGUUUAAUUGCCCAAUUUAAUUCUAAAUUCGGUUACAAACCCUUGCUUGCUUUAUAAUCAGUUUUGGGGAAUCAGUUUUUUAUACACCGAAAAAUUCCAACUCUCUUCUCCUAUUCUUCUGAGCAUAUUAUGAGUUCCUAGUUCGUUUUAUUCGAGUGCACGUUAAAACGAAUUGCUGUGUAAAAUCUUGGGGGGCAACGCCUAUUACGAUUGCACCAUAGUCGGGGCGAAUUUUGCUUCUAAGACAGUGUUUGCAUAACACGUCACAGCUUUAUAUACAUCAAAUAUUCGGCCCACAUUUCAUUUACAUUUUCGGAUUUUACAGUAUUCUUUCCUACAGUUCUAUCUCGUGAUCUUACCACUUUAGGAAGACAUGAAAAGGAGCUGGAUGAUUGAGCUUGACUUCUUUAGGUAGGCUCUAGAGUCUGAAAACCUGAACUUAUGCAGAUUACAAGGUAUGUCUUGAUAGGAGACCUUAGUUGGCAGAUAGCUCUUAUUUUUAUCCUUUGUAAUGUCAGUUUUAUGAAACCCUAUUUGACAUCUCGAUGUGGCCAAAAGUUGUUAUUGGAGCACCUACAUUUGUAGUCUUCUUUCCAGAAUUACAAUUGGUUUGUUCGAGUACCCAAACAGACGUGGGCCACUUUUUAAGUGCUUUUGUAUCGUUUGAAGUGGCUGAUUUAGUCACUUUUGUUACUAUUGCUCGCUGCAUUGUAUUAUAGUGCGGGAUCUCGGUAGUUCCUACAAUAUAUGCAGGAUAUUAGUUCUAUUAUUAUCUAUGCAACAGGAGGAGCAACAAAUUUUUGUUAUGGUUCCUACAGAAGUAGGAACACCGUGUUUUCCACUUAUUCUAUAUAAUUGUUCUUUUCUUCGAGGACCUGAAGAAGAUGGUCACGUGUUUCUUGUUCCCCGUUACAACAAGCCCUUUUUUGCCCGUUAUGAAUGACGUGUUUUAUAAUCUAUAAGUUGUUAGAAACCUUCCAUGUUCCUCUGAAAUUCCCAUUUAUAUCCCACCAACGGGGGUUUAACUUGAAUGUUAUAAAGCUUUUAAUUUAAGACAUUUAUCGUUGAAUUCAUGGGUAGUGUGUUACUCCCAUUUGAGAUUGCUAGUCACAACUAUAUGGUUGUGAGACUUAUGACUUUUGAUCAGUGACGAACAAAAUUUACUGCCUUGUAAGUUAACAGGAAGUCCAUAAAAUAUUACAUACGUCGUAUUAGGUUUUUUUUAUUCCCAGAACAUCUUGAUACACUCUGUUUCAUAAUCAUCAGCAGUACAACAUUGGGAGACAAGGUAAUGGCAAUUGAAACCCUAAAAUCAACAAAGGAGCUAGCAGCAGAAGGUCAGAAGCAUUUAGAAGAGACAGUUGAGGCCGCAUUUCGGAUCUUAUAUGCAAUGAAUGAUGAGCUCUGCAGCCCAACCUUGUGGUCUACAACUACCUCUUCUCCUUCUGUCAUUCCUGAUACUAGUACUCCCACUACUAUCACCGGCAAUGGGCAUAGUGAGGGUUCAAAUGGUGAUGUUUCGUUAGAUUCAACCCACCAAUUUGAUAUGGGUGGUGGCACUCUUGAACAAGCUCGUCUUCGUUAUAAAUCUUCUGUGGCUUCUCUUCGUGUUGUUCUCAAUGCCAUGCCUCAGAACCACAAGGAAGAUGUGGAUGGUUCUGUCUCUAAAGAAGAUGAAGCUGAAAUCGGAAAGUUAGAAGAUCAAGUAUCUAGUUUGAGGAUGGAUCUUGCAAAUAAGAACAAGCACCUCAAGCAUCUCAUAGAUCAGUUUCGAGAUCUUAUUACAGAUAUAUCAACUUGGCAAAGUCCUUGUUCUGUUGCAAGAUAGCUUGUUUUGAAGCAAAAUGCAUCAGCAAGUCCCGUACUUGUUUUUCUCGAAAGGGAGCUUCCAUCACAAUCUUUGCAAUAGUUGGAAGAAAUUGACUCCUCCUGUCAACUUCGAAACAUUUAUUGACAGGAAUUGUGAAUGCUGCAACUCAUAUUGGUAUGUUUUGUCAGCAAUAAUUUUGAUUGAAGAAAUCCCUUGUCAUGUACUAGGAGUAAACCAAACAAUGUCUUAGACCUAUUGAAAAUGAUUCUACUUUCAAACCAAAAUGUUGGAGGCUCCCCUUACCAUUCUCCCCCACUUUUAAAGUGUCUGACCCGCUUAAACGAGUUUGGGGUAUCGGAGAGGUGUUCCGUCCCGAAAGGGUUUUUCAUCUUACCUAUAUCAGAAAGUGUACUAGCAGUUGAUACUAGCCUAGAACUUAACCUGGAAAACUCAGUCUAAGUAAUUUUUAUUUUUAUUGAAAGAAAAGAUACAUGAAAAAUAGGAUAGUCUUUACUCAAGAUUAUUUCCUAACUUAUCUAAAGAACUGAAAUAAGAAAAUUUACUAUCUAAUGGUUAAACACCUUGAUGA